CGGAGGCAAUGGUCAUCUGAUCUGCGGCGGCAGCGGUGUCCUAGGCAGUGAAGGUUUAGGCUACUAUGGCGGCGACUGUGCUGUCUUCGAUGCGGAUCGGGACGCCAUGGGCUCCAGCUCUGUGGCUGCCGCUGAUCCUGGUUGUGGUGGCGGCGAUGGUGACAACAGCUGCGGAGCAUCAGGUGCCACUGGUCAUGUGGUCGAGUGACCGGGAUCUAUGGGCUCCUGUGGCCGACACUCAUGAGGGCCACAUCACCAGUGACAUGCAGCUUUCUACCUACUUAGACCCCGCCCUGGAGCUGGGCCCUCGAAAUGUGCUACUAUUCCUGCAGGACAAGCUGAGCAUUGAGGAUUUCACGGCAUAUGGUGGUGUAUUUGGAAACAAGCAGGACAGCGCCUUUUCUAACCUGGAGAAUGCCCUGGACCUGGCCCCCUCCUCGCUGGUGCUUCCUGCUGUGGACUGGUAUGCAGUCAGCACUCUGACCACCUACCUGCAGGAGAAGCUUGGGGCCAGUCCCUUGCAUGUGGACCUGGCCACCCUCCGGGAGCUAAAGCUCAGUGCUACCCUCCCUGCCCUGCUGCUCAUCCGCCUGCCCUACACAGCCAGCUCCGGACUGAUGGCGCCUAGAGAAGUUCUCACAGGAAAUGAUGAGGUCAUUGGGCAGGUGUUGAGCACACUCAAGUCUGAAGAUGUCCCUUACACAGCAGCUCUUACAGCAGUCCGCCCCUCCAGGGUGACCCGUGAUGUAGCCAUGGUGGCUGGGGGUCUAGGUCGCCAGCUGCUUCAAAAACAGGUGGCAUCACCUGUGAUCCAUCCUCCUGUGAGUUACAAUGACACUGUUCCACGCAUCCUGUUCUGGGCACAAAACUUCUCUGUGGCAUACAAGGACCAGUGGGAAGACUUGACCUCCCACACCUUUGGGGUACAGACACUCAAUAUGACUGGCUCUUUCUGGAAUGACUCCUUUGCCAGGCUCUCGCUGACCUAUGAACAGCUCUUUGGUACCACGGUAACAUUCAAGUUCAUUCUUGCUAACCGCUUCUACCCAGUGUCUGCGAGAUACUGGUUUACUAUGGAGAGCUUCGAAAUCCACAGCAAUGGCUCUGUUGUCUACUUCAAUGCUUCCCAAGUUACAGGGCCCAGCAUCUACUCCUUCCACUGUGAGUACGUCAGCACUCUUACCAAGAAAGGCAAUCUCCUUGUGACCAACAUGCAGCCCUCCCUUUGGCAGAUAACUCUUCAUGACUUCCAGAUCCAGGCCUUCAAUGUGACAGGUGAGCAGUUCUCCUAUGCCAGUGACUGUGCCGGCUUCUUCUCCCCUGGCAUCUGGAUGGGACUGCUUACCUCCCUCUUCAUGCUGUUCGUCUUUACCUAUGGCCUGCACAUGAUCCUCAGCCUCAAGACUAUGGAUCGCUUUGAUGACCAUAAGGGCUCCUCCAUCUCCUUGACCCAGAUUGUGUGACCUGUGUCCGAGUGGGAUUGAGGGCAUGCUAGUGUCCGGUUGUCACAUUCCCACCUCGUGACACAUUGGACCAAAGGGGUUUCCCCUCUUCCCACUAUAGCAUGAACCCCACACUCCCCUCAGCCUGUCUUGCUGCUUCUUCAACCUGCUGAGGGGCUUUCCUGGGGCUAAUCCCCUUCUCUACCAACAAGGUGUAUAUAUUCUUCAUAGACAUUAGACAGAUCUUCCAGGCUCAGUCAUUGUGAGGGGGAAGGGACAUUAGUUCUAGGGUCCCCUCUCUCACUUUCUCCUUAUUUAUUCUUGUCCCUCCACCAUCAUCCCUCGCUGUUUAUAGUACUUUUGUGUAUUAAAUACUCCUUCCUCAAGCUUUAUGGAACUCUCUACAACAGCCAUGGAUUUGAGGCUCGCUGAGUUUGAGUGUGUGAAAAUACUACUUAACUGUACCCAGCUUGGCGGUCAUGUUGUUUUUGUUGUUGUUGUUGUUUUGUUUUUUGGUGAUGUGCUAAGAAUAAGUAGGACACUGCGUUUUAUUUCUAUGACCUGAGAAGGAAGGGACUUCCACAACAGGUGGGCAGGGUGUGCUCACUGGGUUCUGUCGUGUCCCCAGUAGGAAUGCCUGGCAGGAACCUGGGGUGCCCUGUUGUUCCUUACUAAUAAAAUAAAGACGGGUUGCCAUGCA